GAAUGAAACACCGGAGCGACGCCACCUCCAGCGAAGCAGACUGUUGGUGGCGAUAAAAAAAAAAAAAAAAUCGACUGCAACCUUCUUCUGCAGCGCUUCUUCUCUUUAAGCAUUUUUACACAGGCCGCGCGCAGCGCCCCGUCUGCUGGACCUUGACGCGCCAGCAUGGACCCACGAAAAGUGACAGAGCUGAAGGGCUUCGUGCAGAUGUGCGAGUCCAAUCCGGGGAUCCUGCACCUUCCGGAGAUGGGAUUCUUCCGCACCUGGCUGCAGAGUAUGGGCGCUAAUAUCCCUCCUCUGGCUAAGAAACAGGAUUCAUGCCAGGGUGGCUGUCCGUGUGGGCCGUCCCCCUCGGCGGCGCCGCCUCCUGAGCCUGAGCUUCCUGUGGAUUCUGAGAGCGAGGAGAGUGACAUAGAAAUCGACAAUGAAGGAGUGAUAGAGCCGGACACAGACGGUCUGGAGGAGAUGGGAGAGUUUGACAACAUCGAGGUCACAGAGGAGAUGAUGGACCAAGCCAACGAGAAGAAGAUCGAAGCGAUCAACGCCCUCGGAGAAGGCGACCUUCAGAAAGCGUUGGAUCUGUUCACAGAAGCCAUCAAGCUGAACCCUCGAUUAGCCAUCCUUUACGCCAAGCGGGCGAGCGUGUUCAUCAAAAUGCAGAAACCCAACGCAGCCAUCGGAGACUGCAACAGAGCCAUCAGCAUCAACCCAGACUCUGCACAGCCGUACAAGUGGAGGGGCAAAGCUCACAGGCUGCUUGGUCACUGGGAGGACGCAGCCAAAGACCUGGCCACAGCCUGUAAGCUGGACUAUGACGAGGACGCCAGCGCGCUGCUAAAGGAAGUGCAGCCAAAGGCUAAUAAAAUCAUGGAGCACAGACGCAAAUAUGAGCGGAAGAGGGAAGAGAAGGAGAUCAAAGAAAAACAAGAGCGCAUAAAGAAAGCCCGAGAGGAGCAUGCACGCGCUCAGAGGGAAGAGGAAGCGCGGCAGUUUGGAGGAGGAUACUUCCCAGGAGCUGCUGGCUUCCCAGGCGCCGCGCCCCCUGGUGGUAUGCCUGGUCUGGGUGAGCUCUUCAAGGAUCCUGAGCUGCUCAACGCCAUGAAGGACCCCGAGGUCAUGGCCGCAUUCCAGGAUGUGGCGCAGAACCCGGCCAACAUCUCCAAGUAUCAAAACAACCCCAAAAUCAUGGCCCUGGUCACCAAGCUGAGUGCCAAGUUCGGAGCCUCCCCACAACCGUAGAGGGGGGUCCGGAGGGAACGAGACCAAAAGGUGAAACGAUCCAGAGAGCGCCGCUUGUCAACAAUUAUUCACUGUGUUUAGUUCAAAGUGGGGAGCUGAUUCUGUGUAAACUGGUGCAAUAGUCCAGAAAAAAGAAUAAAACAAAACAAAAAAAAACAUUGAGCAACUUUUUACAGCGUUCUCAAUCAACGUGUUAGCACCUAACAACAUCUGAACUAGCCGACGACCCACCAGAGUCUGACGCUUCAGUAACCUCAGACGUGUCUCAGCCUGGACUUUGUUUAACCCGCGGGUUGACCUUUUCUUAACCUCUAUCUGGAACAGCUGCACUGAAAGCCUCUGUGUUGCGACUCUUUAGCAUUUCUACAAACAUUUAAUACGUUGUAAAGCUUUCCCUCUGGUUUUCUUUCUGAACACGGCCCAAAACUCUCACACAAGCUUUGGUGUGUUGUUGUCUUUUUUUUUUUUUUUUGUUAUCAGAACUGUUAAUAAUACUAAAGAACGUAAUAAUGUUCAUGUUUGAUUGUGGGGGGAAAAAAGAAAUUCACAAUAAAAACUCUUGAUUCAAAA